AACCCAAUAGGAAAACAAAGUCUUGCUUAGUCUCUCGAAGGAUCUUUGUCGUCGUCGUUUUCCCUCGGAGAAGUAUCAGAGAUCGGAUUUUCCUCCCGCGGCCUGCUCUCUCCUUCUCUCUCCUAUCAAGUCUUCUAAAAUCCCUUUUGAAUUGAGACAUAGUUGAUUGAUUGGUUGCAGUAUUAUAAAAUUGAGAGGAAAAUAUAGAGAAGAGAUGGGGGUGAAGCAAGUUCUAAAAGCCCUGGAUGCUUUUCCACGUGCGGAAGAUCAUUUGUUACAGAAGACUAAAUCUGGCGCCUUUGUUUCCAUUGUGGGGCUGGUUAUCAUGGCAACACUAUUUUUGCAUGAACUGAGUUACUAUCUUAGCACAAAUACAGUUCAUCAGAUGGCUGUUGACUUGAGACGUGGAGAGACUCUACCCAUACACAUCAAUAUGACAUUCCCCUCUUUACCUUGUGAUGUUCUAAGUGUGGAUGCAAUUGAUAUGUCGGGGAAGCAUGAAGUAGACCUUGAUACAAACAUAUGGAAGCUUCGCUUGAAUAGUGAUGGCCAUAUUACUGGAACUGAGUAUUUGUCAGACCUUGUGGAAAAGGAACAUAAACAUGAUGACCACAAAGACCAUCAUGAAGAUUCGGAUAACAAAACCCAUCUGCAAGGGUUCGAUCAAGAUGCUGAAAAUAUGAUUAAGAAGGUUAAGCAAGCAUUGGCUAAUGGGGAGGGAUGCAGAGUCUAUGGUGUUUUGGAUGUCCAACGCGUUGCUGGGAAUUUCCAUAUAUCUGUUCAUGGGCUGAAUAUUUUUGUUGCUCAAAUGAUUUUUGGAGGUUCUACUCAUGUCAAUGUGAGCCAUAUCAUCCAUGACUUAUCAUUUGGGCCCAAAUAUCCAGGUAUUCA